GUUUGGUUGUAUUACACAAGGGUGUUGUGCGUCGCAUUGCUGUGAGGAUCGGUAAAAACAGCCAGCAAUCAUCUGUGUCGGCGUCUUUGUUUUGUCGUCUCUUUGCGUGUGAAGUGAAUUUUACCACGCGAAAGUGAACUUAAAUAAUAAUUAAUUUUUAAUUAAACAGAGAAAAAUGUGUCUAGUUGUAAUUUUUAUAGAGAAAUAAAAAUACGGUGAGGAAAAUAAUAAGAAAAAGCAAUUCGGUUUCUUUUUAUUUUUUCUUUCAUUUUGCUCUCUUGUGUCGUUUAAUUUCUUCUUUGUCCGUGUGUGGGUAUGAGUGCGUGAGAAAAAUAUAAAGGAUACAUCCUUUUAUCUCUGUUUAACAUACAUCUGAUAGUAAAUGAAAACAUUUGCAUCUCUCUGUCGUUCUCGUUUGCCUGUCGGUAUCGCUGUCGACUGUCGUCGUCGUGUUCGUUCGUGUCGUGUCUUGGAAAAAGUUCCUUUUUUUUUUUUAAUUCUGUGUAAUUUCUCCUUUCUUUGUGUUUGUGGCUCCCGUUCGACCCCCCUGUUAGCAUAAUUCCCAUUCCCAACAUCGUCGUCGGUUGUGUUUUCCAUACGGAAUUUAUCGGUUUCAUUGUAAUUUUGUGUUAAAAUUUUAAUUGAGAAGAAGAAAUAAUUGCGAAGCAAAUUGUGGUGAAAUAAAAUUACAACUAAAUUCCUUUGUGUCCAUAAAUCAUUUUUGAUUAAUGAUUCAAGUUGAUUCCUUCCUCAUUCAUGUUGGUAUGGUAUUUCCAAUUUGAAAGAAAGAGCGAGAUAGAUAAAUAAAACUUUUUUCAACUUCGAUGACGUUUUGUAAUAAUUUUUGUUUUGUGUGGUGAAAGGUGAAUCGAGUCGUGUCGUGUUCGUUUUGUCCGGUUUUGACGUGGUGAAUGUGUAAACUUGUUUAUUGUUUUGUUUGUGUUUUCCCCAAAAAUAUACAAAAUAAAUAAUACGAAGAAGAUGCUAAUAAACAAAGAGAUUAUUAUAAUUCCCUUUUAAUUUGAAUUUCCAUUAAAACAAACUCGUAAUAUCGAAAAUUCAAGUAGGAAAAAAAAGACAACAAACCGCAACCAUUAUUUUCAUUCCAACGUCUGUUUCUGUUCUUUUGGUUCUUCCAGUGGUGGAGGUGGUGUAUUUUACACAAUCCAUUCCUACCACAGCAGUCUGAACUGGACAUAAAUAAAAAUUCCAAUAAAACAAGGAUAUCAUAUCUACAUGGUGCAUAUAUGUAUAUAAACAGAAGCAGUGAGAGAAGGAAAUUUACAGUUUUUUUUCGUUUUAUCGGUGAUUUGGCUCUGUUCGGUUUGAUGUUCCGUUCCGUGUACUCUCCUCCUGUGCUCACUAUUGUUGAUUACCCCUGUCUGUGAUUUUAUUUUUGUUUCUAGUGUCAUACAACAAACAAAACAAUAAAAUAACAGUAAAAUUCUGGGAGGCAUCAAUAAAAAUUGUAGCUAAAUGAUGAUUAAAUUGAUUGAAAUUGUUGAAUGUCUUUUACGGACAUAAUAAUUGCGCGGGAAGUUUGUGAAUACGAUCAUUUUGAUGUCUAGCUUCGAAUGUGUGUUGGAAAUAAAAUUUUAAAUUAUUUUUCGUUUCUAUUUUAUUUAAAUUAAACAAUCAAAAGGAAAGGAGGAAUGCGUCGUCGUCUUCCCAACGUAUAUAAUUUCUUUGUGUCCUUGCCCUGUUUGAAUUCAUUGUGUGUGUCCUUUUAGUUGGAAUAACAAAGGGAAACUUGCAACAGAAGCAGAGCAGCAUCAAGUGUGGAAAUAAAGGAUAACGCAUAACAUUGUUGCUCCUCUCAACCAACAAGGAUAACCCUUUAGAGAAGAAGUGAAAAACAAGAAACUAGGAGAAGGAUUAUAUUCUUCGUCCUCCUGGUCUGCAGCGUAGCGCAGCGCCGCGUACCGUCUCGGUUUUCUUUCUUUUUUCUUGUUUUGUUGCAAAUUUAAAAAUUUAAAUUUUUGUGGAUUAUACGAUAUAAUGUCCUUACGAUGUGGAUUAAUACUCAUCUUAUCGUCGACGAUUUGUUUAUUCAUCGCAAAUGGUUACGGAAAAGACAUCUCUGGAGUUGAAAGAGGUUCCACACGCCUCAAUGAAUACAUAUCUCAUUAUGAAACCCUUAGCUAUGAUCAAGAGCACACAAAGGCUAGUCACAGUAGGGCUAAACGAUCAGUGACCAAAGAUCAUCUUGUUUAUUUAAAAUUUUCAGCACAUGGAAAGAAAUUCCAUCUUAGAUUAAAACGUGAUUUAGAUACAUUUAGUGAUAAGUUAGAGAUACAUAGUUCAACAAAUGAGCCCAUUGAUGUAUCAACAUCACACAUAUAUGCGGGCGAUGUGAUAGGUGAACGUAAAAGUUUUGUAUUUGGCUCAAUAUUAGAUGGCGUUUUUGAGGGUAAAAUUAUAACAGAACGUGAUGCAUACUAUGUGGAAAAUGCAAAGCAUUAUUUCCCAAAUCAUACGUACAAAACAGAUGGAUUUCAUUCGAUAAUCUACAAUGAAAAACAUGUGGAUGAUCCUUAUAAGGAUGUUAGAGAAGAGGGACACGUAGCUGGUUGUGGUAUCAAUGAGAAAGUCUCCCAAUGGAUGGAGAAUAUACAAAACUCGGCUGUUGAAGAGCCGGAUGAAGUCAUAGUUCUUCCACCAGCAUCACAACAAAAAGCCAACAUCAGAACCCAGAAAAAUGACAGGAAUAAGCAAUCGGAAGAAAGAAGAAGAAACAAGAGCCAGAAUAGUCCUAGUAGAAGUAAUAGCAGUAGUCACCACCAACCAUCAUCAUCUAGAUCCACAUCCACAUCCCCAUCAGCGCCCUCAUCCUCUGAUGAUACUCAUGAUGAUGAUGGAACCCAUCAUGCAAAACAAAUACCACCGCCGAAAAAAUAUUCAAAUAGCAACAACAACGACGACUUCAAGUAUCCUUAUCAGAAAUAUACGAAGGAGGCGAAUUGGAAAUUUAUGCCAAACGGCGAGGACGAUGGGUACGCUCGGGCGGCUGCUGCCAUAGCCGGUAACGAUGAUUGGCACAAGCGUGUCCACGAGCGGGUGCGUCGAGCCUCCUCAUCCAAUUCUCACUCUCCACGUCAGCGAGAUGAUAAAAAGAAUACCUGUUCGUUGUUUAUACAAACGGAUCCAUUAAUAUGGCGACACAUCCGGGAGGGGAUAGCUGAUCAUGACAGGGGACGGAUAACGGAUGAGAAGACAAGGGAGGAGAUUUUGUCGUUGAUUGCACAUCAUGUCACUGCCGUUAACUAUAUCUAUCGUAAUACAAAGUUUGAUGGAAAGGUAGAGCACCGAAACAUUCGAUUCGAGGUGCAAAGAAUUAAGAUUGACGAUGACACAGCGUGUAGACAAUUCUACAAUGGUCCACAUAAUGCAUUUUGCAAUGAACACAUGGAUGUGUCUAACUUCCUUAAUCUACACUCAUUAGAAGAUCAUUCAACUUUUUGCCUGGCUUAUGUGUUCACUUACAGAGAUUUCACUGGCGGAACUCUUGGUUUAGCAUGGGUUGCGUCUGCCUCUGGUGCUUCCGGUGGUAUAUGUGAAAAAUAUAAGACUUACACCGAAACUGUUGGUGGCCAAUAUCAAAGCACAAAACGUUCCCUCAACACAGGGAUCAUCACAUUUGUAAACUAUAAUAGUCGGGUACCGCCCAAAGUCUCACAAUUAACGUUGGCCCAUGAAAUUGGUCAUAAUUUUGGAUCACCACACGAUUAUCCUGACGGAUGUAGGCCGGGUGGUCCAAAUGGAAAUUAUAUUAUGUUCGCGAGUGCCACAAGUGGCGAUCGACCGAACAAUAGUAAAUUCUCACCAUGUUCCGUUAGAAAUAUAUCAAAUGUCCUCGACGUCCUAGUGGGCAAUCCGAAACGUGAUUGUUUCGAGGUCUCGGAGGGUGCUUUCUGUGGCAAUAAAAUCGUCGAAAGUGGCGAGGAGUGUGAUUGUGGUUUUAAUGAGGAGGAAUGCAACGAUAAAUGCUGUUACCCGAGAUUAAUUAACGAAUAUGAUAAAUCGAUUAAUGCCUCAGCGACAGGAUGUUCUCGCCGUACCAAGACUCAGUGCAGUCCUAGCCAAGGACCAUGCUGUCUGAGUCAUUCGUGUACUUUUGUUCCGGCACAUCAGCAUAUUAAGUGCAAAGAGGAAACAGAAUGUUCCUGGUCGAGUACGUGCAAUGGCACAACGCCAGAGUGUCCCGAGCCCAAGCCAAGAGAUAAUAAGACCAAAUGUAAUAACGGCACAGCGUUGUGCAUCAAUGGCGAAUGCUCGGGUUCGAUUUGUUUACUUUGGAAUAUGUCCGAAUGCUUCCUGACAUCGACAUUGACGCCUGCGGUAGAUAAGAGGCGUCUGUGUGAGUUGGCGUGCCAAAAUGGUAAUGACACCACAACCUGCCGCAGCACCAGUGAGUUUGCUCACCUCUAUGGCCUGCCCGAUGGGGGGAUUAAUUUGCGUCCCGGUUCGCCAUGUGACAACUUCCAGGGCUAUUGUGAUGUUUUUCUAAAGUGCCGAGCCGUCGAUGCCGAUGGACCAUUGGUUCGACUAAAGAAUCUCCUUUUGAACAAGGAAACUCUGCUGACGGUGGCCCAAUGGGUCACAGAAAAUUGGUACAUUUGCGUGCUGAUGGCUAUCGGUUUCAUCAUUGUUAUGGGUGCGUUCAUAAAAUGUUGUGCUGUCCAUACGCCAAGUUCGAAUCCCAAAAAGAGGCCUGCGCGGCGAAUUAGUGAAACACUACGUGGCCCAAUGAACACACUUCGACGAAUGCGUCAUCCACAACAUCGAAGUGCCGGUCCUCGAAGCAUACCACCGCCAGCUCAUGAAAGAUCUCGAGGGCAUCCUUCGGAUUGGGAUCGGCGACAACAUCCAGAUCGUAGUGCACCACCUGGUGGUGUUCCAAUAGGUCAUCAUCCCAGUCGGCCGGGUGCAAGAAAUGACGGCCGUCGAGGAGGAGCGCCCAGUGCGGGUGGUCGUCAUAGUGGACGACCGGCGAGUAGCUCAAGAGGACCACAACACGGGUAUGCAGAUCUAAGUGGUGGUGGUGUUGGUGUUGGUGUUGGUGUUGGGGGUGGUGAUGGGCGAGGCCCAAGCCAACCGCCACAACAGUAUUAUCCGCCGAAAGCCGUCGGUCCGCAACAAGUAAAUUAUAACCGACCGCCAUCGUUGCACAAUCCUGAACUUUAUGCAGAAGCAUACACAGGACGAGGGGCAUAUGAAGCGCCGCCCUCACGAGUUCCAAAUAGUAAAGUUUGACAACCAAACGGACAAAUUAUAAUAAAUAAUAAUAAAAAUAAAAAUAAUAAUCACCAAAAACUACCAACAACAACAACAUCAACAAGAAUAACAACAACAACAACAAUAACUGAAACUGAAACUGCAACUGCAACAAAUCAUCAAACUGUAAUUACUAUUAUUAUUAAUGCUAUUAUUACUUUAAUUAAUGUUAAAUUUAAAUUUAAAACUUUAAAAUACUUAUCAUCAUCAUCAACAUUGCUGAAAAUUAAAAUAAUAUCAACGUAAAUGUUUAUUAAAAAAAAAAACAAUACAUAGUCACAACAACAACAAACAAAUGUAGUGUUACAGCCUUGAAGAUGAUGAUGAUGACUCAAAAAUGAAAUUAACAUAAUAAAUGAUGAAACAAACAAAAAUUACAAAACAAAAAAAAACUAAAAUUUAUGAGAAUAAUCAAAUUUCAAUUGAAUUCCUUUUUGAUGAUUUCGAGAAUCCAAAGCUGGAAGAUUUUUAGGAAAACUUUAAAAAUAAUAAAUUUAAUUUUAGUUUUACUUUUUAAUUGUCUCUUAUAUUUCAAUGUUAAUUUGUAUUUUUUAAAUACAAAUUUUUGUGUUAAAAUUUCUUUAUAUCUAGUUGUUUGUGUGUUCAAUUGAGAUAAAUGUUUAGUUAUUAUUAUUUUGUACUGUCAUAUGUUUAUCGUGUCUAAAUAAAUAUUAUGUUCAUUUCAAUGUCCAGUAUACAGAAUACAAAAACCGUUUGUAUUUUCUUUUUUUAAAUACAAAUUUAUUGUGCUUUAGUUAAAACAAAACAAAGCAAAACAAAAACGAGCUUUUUUCUUUUGUAUUCAUUUAUUUUCAAUUAAUAUGAAUUUAGAUAAAUUAAAUUAAAUUGAAUUUGUUUUUUUUUUUAAUUUUUUUGUUAGUGAAACUAGAAAAUAGAUUUUAUAAUGUAAAUUUAUAAUUUCUAAGAUUGUGUUUGUGUUUUUUUUUUUAUUUUAAUGUAAGUCUUCUGCUAUUGAGUUGUAUUUUAUAUUAAAAAUAGAAUUAUAUCUUAUGCAAUAUUCAAUGUUUAGAUCUUUUAAGUUUUCUUUUACUCUCAAGAAAACUAUAAUUUUCAAAAAAGCUCGCAAAAAGAUAAAAUACUCUAUAAAAAUACUUUUUUUUUUUAAUCAGAUUAGCUCUCUUAGUUAAAUUUCGGGAAUAAAAAUUAUAUAUAAUUUUGUUUAGGUCUUAAAUAAACUUCUUUAAGAUGAUGCAGUUACCACUCGUUGAGGGGAUGUUAUUUGUUUUUGAAAAUAAUUUGAUAUUCGCGAAUUAGCCGUUUAGAUCAAGAACACAAAGAGUUCCUAAUGAAUUUUCGAAAAAUGUCCUUGAUUCAAUUGAAGUGAUUUAGAAAUUGCUUUUGUUUGUCUUAACCAUCUAAACUCGAUGCUUAUACUUAUUUAUAUGCAGGAAACUCAAGUUGAAUUUUUACAACAUCCAUCAAAUCUUGGUCUGUUAUCAAGUGCUUAAUCUCAAGCUCGAGGUGGUUAGCAUCAUAUGAAAUAAAUCGUUUUUAAAAUGUUUGUUUAUAAAAGUCAAAGGUUUUUUAGAGAGAUUUUUGGAGAAUCUUGUCCUAAUCUUUGAAUUAGUCAAGCCUAUCACAAUUACCAUUGUAAUCAGAAACUUUAACUGUGUCAUAAAAUCCCUUCGUUAUGCAAAAUUGUAUGAGGUUUUCCGUUACGAACGUAUUUAGAGUUUGUAAAAGUUUCCGAUUACGAUGGAAUUCAUUUAAUUUAAGUUUCUCUUAAAGUUUUAAGAGACACUGCCAUUUUUUUGAGACGUGCUUGUUUAUGUGUUGCUAAAGUUAUUCGAUAUGAAAAAUACAAAAAUUAAAGGAUUGGAAAAUUGGAAAAGAAUCGUUGAUAUACGGAUAUCCAAAACGUUUUCUCCUUUUUCAAAUUGAACUGAAAAAGAAAAACAAUCUUGAGGAAUCAGGAAAAAAAUCAAGAAUUAUUGAGCGUUUGCUAAAUUAAAAAUCUAAGGUGUAAGGAAUUUUUACUUUGACCUGUCUGUACAAACAAAAACUGAACUUAGUUUUCCAUUAUAUGAUAACUCAUACAUGUUAUUUGGUCAUUUUUUCUUCUAAUUUUAGUAGAUUUUGUUUCUUGACAAAAUAAAACCCUUGAAAAAUAAAUUCAAAACAUUUGAAUUGCAUAAAA